AUGAACAGAGGAGUACUGGGUCAGGAACCAUGCUCGUUAGCGACAGAACCACAACGAUUGCUCGUUAGAGAUGAAGCCCGUUGUUUAGAGUUAUGCUGUUGUGAUAAACAUAUUGAGGUUUACUUUGUUCUUCUUCCUCUUCAGGUCACCACAUCAUGCCAGCUGCCCCCGAACCCUGACCAGCCGCCAACACCACAGCUACCACUGAAGCAUGUGGACACACCGGGGUCCACGCGGUCUUGUAAGAGUGUGGAGACGAGGAGGAGGCAGUCACGGAGCCAGAGCGUGGUGCAGGUGGCGGAGGAGAGCUUCGAGGUGGACCUCCUCUACAUCACCGAGAGGAUCAUCUCCGUGUCCUUCCCGGCGGCGGGGGGCGAGGACAGCUACGGCGCCAACCUGAAGGAGGUGGUGUCCAUGCUGCGCUCCAAACACGGCGACCACUACCUGCCCGGCACGCACGGCGGCCUCACUCCGGAGGUCAUCUCAGAGUCGUCAUGA